AUAAGCAGACGGGGAGAGAGAGAGAGAGAGAGAGAGAGAGAGNAGAGAGAGAGAGAGAGAGAGAGAGAGAGAGAGAGAGAGAGAGAGAGAGAGAGAGAGAGAGAAGGCAGGUCCAAUCAGAUGGCGACGUAUUUGAGUGAUUCACCUGUGGUGAUGACGUCGUAUCUGGGGGCUGGCGAUCCCAAUGUCACGAAGCGGGUUACAACUGGUCCAUCUCUCGGGCAAGAUUCUAAAUGGGGUGGUGAUGGACAGAGAUUGGACACACCACUGUUUGGUGGCCGCAGCGGAAGGAAAAAGUCUGGAGUUGUUCUUCGUCCCCUUCUCACUAUAUUCUUUGUAGUUGCUUUUCUGGUGAUGCUUACAUCAAUGCGUGAAGGCCAAAUACAGUUUAUUGAACAUGGGAGGGGGGAGUGGCCACCGCAUACACCACAGGAGCCUGAUCUGGGGGAGACUGUGGCUGAGGAGGACAAGAACAUCACCGAAGGACACCCUGUCUUUGGAAAGAGAAAACUCCUCCAAGAUCACGAACAGCUCCACAACUAUGUGGCCACACUGUCAGGAGAAAGUUCUGGCAAGGCUGGACGAAAGGUGAGCCGAUUCACGGAGAAGCUGAACGUCAGAAUCCAGUACAUCGAGCUGACACCAGAGGAAGAAACAUUUCUAUCCAAGGACAAAAUGACACUAUGGAAAGAUCUUUCAGGGACUUUGUACAAAGAAAUGACGAGCUCAUGCUUGUCUUGCAGCGUUCCAGAGGUGCACAGGAACAAGUGGGGAGAGAUAGACCAAUGUGAUGAAAAACGACCGGACAAAAUCUGGUGCAGUACUUGGUGUCCAUUUGAAAGGCAUUGCAUAAGUUGGGCCAAUAACCUUCGAGAAGAAAUGAACAAGAGUGGCGGUUACAUGAAGUUCUAUCGGCAAUCACAAGCGUUUAAGCCAUACAUUGUUAUAUUCACUGGGGGUGCCUACGUGACUGAAAAUGGUGAAGUUUACAACGAUGAGGUGGUGUUCGAUUGUCGAGGUCAUUGCCAAAGGAAAUCUACAAAGAAAAUCCGUCGCCUCCGGGCUCGCAAGAAGUUUACGUACAAGAAGGUUUAUGUUACAGACCAUGUUUGGCGUGGACCCUAUCACGAGCUGGCAGAUGCUGCUGCCCGGUUGUUUUUCUAUCACAAAGAGCUGCUUGCAGAUCCAGAGAUCAUGAUUCAUGCAACCACUGAUUAUCCCCCGCAUGAAGAAAACUUUGAGAUACGUCCAUGGAGGGAUCAUAAAGUUGCACCAAGCCAGAUUGAUAUCUUUGAGGCGUUCGGGAUAAAUGGAUCACGAUUCAUCACAGGGGAUGUCUAUGCCGAUGAGGUGAUCGUGUCACAGGUUCACUGCAGCUCGGCUGAGAAUCUCUAUGGGAUCGAAGAAAUGCGUCUGGGGCGCGCCAUUCAUGAGCACCUCGUGAGCUUAGGGUACCCAAACUAUUUGCCCUUAGGACAAGGAACCAUAUUGGUAGUCAAGCGCACUCAUCGCCGCCGAAUCACUAAUCUUGAUGAAUUGGUUGAAGGCUUGCAAAAAAUCGCAGGCAGCAAGAAGGUAGAGGUCUAUGAUGACCAUGCGGGCUUAACACAGAGUCAAAUCUGGGGAUUGUUCUACAAGGCAGACCUUGUGGUUGCACCUCAUGGUGCUGGAUUGGUCAACCUUGUUGCGUGCAGGAAGCAUGCUGUGGUGCAUGAGUUCAUUCAACCUGCGUACCCGAACAUGGAUCCCGCAAACUGUAACUUCAACUUCAAAGAUCUGGCUUCUUUUAUGGGUCUCACGUACUAUGCUGACUUGCCCUCGGACAUGCACAGACCUGCCCGCUACUGGGAUGCCAAAGAAAACCAGUGGAUUGAUCCUCCAACAUCUAUGACGAUUGACUUGCCCACAACGCUCCGCAAUUUACAGCAGAUUAUUCAUUCGCAUUUUUAAUUUUGAUUGCUGCAUCCUUUUCCCCUCCGGUUUUCCACAACUGCUCGGCACUACAGAUGAUGACAGUUACUGCUCACGUAGCAUCAGUUGUGUCCUUCCUCGGCUUUUGUAUCUUUCUCUGACUGGCAAAUACUACUGAUCAUGGCAGUUUACCACAGCUAUAGAGUUGGGAAGUUGAGAGCAGAUUAUCCAUGAUCGGAAGAGAGGGGCACAGACAUAGCAGUACCCUGUACAUAUCCAAUCGCAAAGUGACAGAAUCUGAAACGCUGAAGCAAUCAUGGACUUCGUUGUAACAGUUAGAUAGAGAGGGGAGAAGAGAAAAGAAGAAGAGAAAGGAGGAGGAGGAGGAAGAAAGAAGAAGAAGACGAAGAAGAAGAAGAAGAAGAAGAAGAAGAAGAAGAAGAAGAAGAAGAAGAAGAAGAAGAAGAAGAAAGGGAUGGGAGCGAGGAGAAGCACAAAAUUGGGAUCUUUGAUCAUCUUUCACGAAAAAUAAACAGAGAGAACACAGGAGAAUCCUGUCGCAGACGUCGCUACUCCACGUUUUGGCCGAUUCCACAAUCGGUCAUCAUCAGGGGGCUUAUGGUUCGCUAGUAGUAUGGAUGUCGAGGAUCAUAGCUGAUGAUGGAAUAGAACCCAAAAACUCGAACUGCUUCGAUGAUUCUCCUAUUGCAAGCAAGCCAUAGUAGCGGCCAUACCCUAGGGAGGGGUGGCGUCAUAAUUCCCACCCCAGAUAACCCAUGCAUAGGCUUCACGAAGCUAUCUGAGCCAGAGUGUAGGAGGGCACUUACAAUCGGGCAAGGAUUGGGGUGAGGGAAAAAAGCAGAAAGUGCGAGACAAGGUAAGGGUAGGAAGGUUCAUCAGAGAAAACGUUGAAAGAAUCCACAGCGGGAAGCAAGAAGGAGAGGUAGGAAAGGUCUGUAAGGCGUGAGAGUCGUGUGCUUGUCAUGGGCACGGAAAACAAAAUCGGGUGCCAGAAAUCAAGCAGGCAAUAUCGCGAUCAUGUGAGUGAGCGCAGGUCCAGUAAGGGAAUGCAGGAGAAGGGAGAAGUGACAUGACAGCUGUAGAUUUGUGGGCCCUGGGCAUAAGGCAUGGACAGCGUUCGCAGUCAGGAUAUGGUGGAAGACAGACUAAGUGUGCCAGAGACGAAAACUAGGCAGAGCGCAGUCGAGAAAGCAGCGCUUGGCGGCCAGCAGGGGACGAAGGGAUAGGCAAGAGUGGAUCGCUAUCGGCAGACUGUGUGUUCAAGGCAGGGAUUUUUUGCUGCAACAAGGCAUGAGAAGGGGAAAAAGUUGAAGCAUCUUGGGUCGCAGUUCGUCUGAUAGGGCAUGGCUCGGGACAGGGUAUCACAGGGAACAGGGGUGGCUGGGCGGGAUGGGAAGCCCGGUUCUGGAAAAAGGCAGGCGCGGUAGCAUUGAGUUUGUUUCCAUAGGGAAAAAUCAGAAAUAAGUUUAAUAAGGAGGAUUUUGGAGAUAACAGAGUCUGGGCCUGUCUCGCUAACCCUUCAGACCAUGUACUUGCGUGUCGUACGGCCCCAGCUAGGGCCUAGCCCAAUUUGAAACGCUCUGAUGCAAAAUCCCAGCAUCCCCAUUUAGCAGCCGAGAAAUCUUCCAGGGUUUUGUCAAACAGUUUCCUUGGCAACAUCUUCAGUCUAAGAUUAUCCAUUUGCAUGUGUGUCUCUUCCUCGUCCGGUGGGUUUUGCGGAUUGUGCUUCCGUCUUCGUUCUUCUUCUUCGUCUUCCUCUCCCUCCUGCAGCUUCUGCUUCUGCCUGCACCAAGGGUUUUCAUUCCCUCUUGCUCAGCCUCCAAAUAGUGUCGCUCCUCCAUGGAGCUUAGAGGCAGAAGUAGGAGGGCCUUACCCUAUGUGUAAACAACCUCAGCUUCGUGCAUAAGGCCAUAUUCACAC